AUGAUCAUCAACGGCGAGGCGGUGCCGGUGGGCGAGGCCCGGUACCAGCUGGCCCUUUACCGCCACGGAACUUUUAUCUGCGGGGCGGCGUUGAUUGCGCCGAGGACGGCGAUCACUGCUGGGCACUGUGUUUACGGGUUCAAAGACCGACCGCAGCUGUUUCGCAUUCGCUACGCCACCCUCUACCGAAACAGCGGCGCCGAGCUGCCCGUCAGCCGGAUUAUCCUUCACCCCUACUAUAACACCUCUACUUUUGACUACGACGUGGCCGUCCUCUGCACCGAGACGCCCUUUACGGCGGGCGUCAACGCCCAGGUGGUGGAAAUAGCCGCCGCGGCGCCGGUGGCCGGCACGCGGGCG